GCAGCUAAGAGGUGUUUGGGCUUUUAGGCCUUAAGGGGGUCCAAUUUCUUUAGUCUACUUUGUUUGUUUUUGUUGGUCGAGAAGAAGAAGAAGAAGCCAGAAAGGGAAAUGGGUUUUGUUAUUUGAGCGAUUUAGAAAACGAGAGCUAUGAACAUCAAUCCGUUGCAUUGCAAUUUGCAAAUUGCAGUGGCUUCUCUUCUGUACACAUGAUUUGCCCAGGGAAAAAGGGUGUCGCUAGAAACAAGAAAAAUUAAAGUAAAAGGGAGGUUGCGAUGUAAUUAUAGGCUUGGAAAGCAAAACCCAGGCCUGCUUCUAUUCCCUUUUUAGUUUUCACUUCUCUUCUCUCCUUCACGGGUUCACAGAUUCCUUUACUUACAGAAGCUUUUGCAAGCAAACGAAGAAAACCCAGAGCCAAGCCAAGCCAGACCCUUUUUCUCUUCUUUCUCCUUUGGCUUCCAUGGCUGCAAAGCCAGGCCAAAUUAACCAGGCAAGCCAGACAAAUCAUCCUUGCUGUCUAUUCUUCUAAUGCCCACAUUCUCUUUUCAGCAAUACCCUUAUCUUUCCUUUCUUUUUCGAUUCGAAUCCCAAAUAUGACUAAACUUCAGUGGCAAAUCUUUGUAGUUUCUGUGGGAAAUGGAGAAAAGGGGGAGUUAAUUAUCUGAAUUUUAGGCUUAAGGAGGAAACCCCAUCGCGUUUCCUUGUUCUUUUCUUGCUUUCUUCAGUUCCUUCAUUUUGAUUAUUCUUUGUAUUCUUCUGGGUGUGCCCAAUGAGGAAGCAUGGAUGGCAACUUCCUUACCAUCCUCUCCAGGUUGUUGCGGUUGCUGUAUUUCUAGCUCUGGGGUUUGCUUUCUAUGUCUUCUUUGCUCCUUUUGUUGGGAAGAAGAUUUUUCAGUAUGUUAUGAUUGGCAUUUAUACUCCUCUUAUUACAUCUGUGUUUGGCCUAUAUAUCUGGUGUGCGGCAGCUGACCCUGCAGACUCGGGAGUGUUUAAAUCUAAAAAGUAUGUCAAUAUCCCGGAUGAAGGGAAGUGUUCUCAUAAAAAAAGUUCUAAAUUUGGUGGGGAAUCAGUGACAUUCGCACGCAAUCCCAAUGCUGCCUCCAUGGAAGAAAAAUCUGUCGAUAAAGAUACGACUGGUGCAGAAGCAAAUUCUAAGGACCUUCUGAAGACAGAAAAGGAUAGUGCACCAUCAAAGAAAUUAUCCUGCCUUUCGUUGGCAUGCUUCCCUUGUGCAUAUGUGUGCAGUUGUUUGAGUUCAAAAGAGGAAUCUUCUGAGCAACACAUGAGUGAAGAUGGCAUGUUUUACUGCAGUUUGUGUGAAGUUGAGGUUUUCAAGUACAGCAAGCACUGUAGAGUUUGUGAUAAAUGUGUCGAUCGUUUUGAUCACCACUGCAGGUGGCUUAACAACUGUAUUGGCCGAAAGAACUAUCGACAAUUUUUCACCCUCAUGGUUGCCUCUCUCCUCUUGCUUAUUGUACAAUGGUCGAGCGGAAUCCUUGUGCUGAUUUGCUGUUUUGUCGAGAAGAAACGGUUUUCUGUGGAGAUCUCGUCAAAGUUGGGUAGCAGUUUUUCUUUGGCACCUUUCAUUAUUGUAGUGGCGGUUUGUACAAUCUUGGCUAUGAUAGCAACAUUGCCACUUGCUCAACUCUUCUUUUUUCAUAUCCUUCUCAUAAAGAAGGGAAUCACAACAUAUGAUUAUAUCAUAGCUCUAAGGGAGCAGGAGCAAGAGCAACAGGGAGUUGGUGGCCAGCAAAGUCCUCAAAUGUCUGUUGUCAGCUCAUUAACUGGACUAAGCAGUGCGAGCUCGUUCUCUACUCUCCACCGAGGUGCAUGGUGCACUCCCCCACGCUUGUUUCUCGAGGAUCAGUUUGAUGUGAUUCCCCCCGAGACGGGAUCUGUUAGCUCUCUAGGAAAGAGGACGAUUAGUGAAGAAGCAACAAAGAAAAAGAACCCUGCUGCUGUGAGGAUCAGCCCAUGGACUCUGGCAAGACUAAAUGCUGAAGAGGUUUCAAAGGCUGCUGCAGAAGCAAGGAAGAAGUCCAAAAUUCUGCAGCCUGUGGUUAGAUCAGCAACUUCUUUUGAACAAGAAACAGAUAGUGGUUUUGGCAGUAGUGGUCACCGAAUGGUGUCACGCCCUGAAAAUAAUAGGAAGCGAGGGAAUAAGCGGGUGCGUCUUCCAGUUGAUCUACCUAUGCAACACCUGACAAAUAUUCCAGCAAAAGCUGUCGAAAAGAGUUUCUCUGGCACAUCAACCAGCCUUGGUCCUCUUCAACUUGAAGCACGCAGUGCUUUCCAAACAAGCAGAGCAAUGUCGAGCUCCACCAUGGUCGCCUCUUCACCAGAGAGCAGUUUGGACUCGCCCGACAUCCAUCCGUUCCGAAUAUCCUCCUCUGGAGCUGAAGAGUCCAAGAGACUCACAGGCUUAUCUGCAGCUAAUGCAGCUGCUCAAAAGGGACUUCCAUUGUCAAGGUCGACUAGUGAUGGAUAUGAAGCUUCAGGCGGGGAGGACAGUGAUCGAGUUCCUUCGAGGAUUGUUCAACGACCGAUGAGCUGGAACAAUGUCUUAUAUGGUUCAGAUCAGGAUGAGAGGCUUGCCCAACUGCAAGCAUCAUCUUCUAACCAGAUUAACAGCAAACAUACCCGAUUAUGAGUUUACUGAACAGGUUUAUCUCAGUAUCGUCAUGGUGCAAAGUCGGCAAUUCUUUCAUUCUCCAUCCAAGGAAUUCAAGCACCAAUCAAACAGCCUAUCCGUAAAGUGAAAUGUAGUCUUGGCUUUGCAAUCAGUGAAUCAAAGGCAUCACAGAAGAUGUGGGAAAAUAGGAAACUUGCGAGUUAGCUGAUGCCAAACUUGACAAUCGAAUUUAUUAGUUUAUUACUUGCAACACCCGGAUUUACCUUAGUUUGAUAUGAAGUGAAUUCCUUGGAUUGCUUUUGUUGAACCUGUGUUAGUUUCAACAGAUGAAUUCUUGUUAUCAUUCAUCUUUAGUGAUGCGCUUCAACGUCAACACUACAGUUUUUUUUUUCUAGCCAUGUUGUCAAUUAUGUACCCAUACAUGACCUAUUUGAUGAACUUUGCAAUCUCCAACUGUCCCAUUUUUAGAGAAAGCAAUCUCUCCAUGGAAUGGCGAAAUUCCAUUUUGUCAUCCUA